UUGGAAUAGGUGCCUGGUGGAGCGACACGGAGAGUGGGAGAGAGAGAGAGAGAGAGAGAGAGAGAGAGGAGAGAGAGAGAGAAAGGACGCAAACUUCGACGCACCGCUCUGCACUCUCCUUAUUUUCUUUUUUAGCAACACAUCUCCCGCACUUUUCCUUCUAAAUGCUUCUCUCCUACAAUAGUUAAGGGCUCAUCUCUUCUUACACUCAAAUUGAUUCAUAUCUCAAACUUUUCCCCUGUUGGAGCGGAUCGAGAGAACAGGUGGAGAUGAUGUCGAGCGGAGCGGCGCUCGGCGCUGCCCUCUUCCCGGCUCGGCGCACCCAGAAGCGGUUCACGCUGCUGCUGUGGCCGCUGCUAGUGACCUGCUGCUCCCACUCGGUGUUGGCGCAGGAGCUGCCGACCAACGGGGUGCACGGAUACAGCCUACACCCGCCGUACUUCAACCUGGCCGAGAGUACCAAAAUCACCGCCACGGCAACCUGCGGGGAGGACGACACCGGCCGCAGCGUGCAGGACCUGUACUGCAAGCUGGUCGGAGGCCCGGUUUCCGGAGACCCGAGCCAGACCAUCCAGGGCCAAUACUGUGAUAUCUGCAGCCAUGGCGACAGCGACCGCGCCCACCCCAUCACCAACGCCAUUGACGGCACGGAGCGAUGGUGGCAGAGCCCGCCUCUGUCCCGCAACACUGACUUCAACCAGGUCAACGUCACCCUGGACCUUGGACAGAGGACAGUCCAGGACAGAGCUCGCUCUCCGGAUCAGUCUACUGAGUCUGCUCCUGUCCCGGUCCAAGCUGCCCCCCCUCCAGUUUGAGUCAAUGUACAUUGUUUCAAUCAGUUGGAUAAAAAAAGGCAGUUAAUAACUUGACAAUUCCUCAGAAUGUAAGACUAAUGUGAGGUAAUCCAGAUGGGUUGCCGUCCUGGGAAUGAUGGGGUCACAUAGGAGACAGAGAUAGGGAAUAACUGCAGAUACAAGAUAAGCACAAGUCCAAUCAUAGGUUCAUAAGAAGGCAGCCAUCUGUAUAAUACAGACACAAUAAUACUCCCAAUAGUCAGAAGUCCAACCACAAUAAACUGUGAUGCCAUACAGAAUAAUCAAAGCCAACAGCAGGAAAUUCCCCCUAACACAAGGAGCUCAUGGGUAUUAGGAGAUGGAUUUAAUUAUCUGAUAUCCAGCAGUGGCUUUACUCAGAAGGCUGAGUGGAACAAAAAGACAAUUAUUGGAUUACAACCCGGCACACUGUAACAUUAGCGUGGUAUCCUUAGGCCUGUAACAAUUACUACAUAACUGUCUAAUUGUCUAAUCUUUUCUCUGUUUAACCACAAUUCAUUUCCAACAUUAGCUUAGGGCUUUAA